GCGCGGUUCUUCGGGGCUUCGUUGGAGGCGGUUUGUCGCCCGCAGUGUUUCUUCCGAACUUGCGGCCUCUGCUUUUACCGAAGGCGACAUUAACUCUGCGUGUGCCGGUGGCGUGCGCGGGGUUGUUUCCCGUUCCUUCCCGCGUCACCGGCCUGCCGGGGGCUCUGCGGUGUGUUCGUGCGGAACGGGAGCACGAAGCCUCACCGUCAACGGGGCGGCUGCGGGAGAUAGCAGAUAACAAUUGAAGAAAAGCAAACGUGGGUUGUUCACGGAAACGCGAUAACGUUGAUGAACGUGGAAUACAGCAGUUGCAGCACUUCAGCACCUGAACCAUGCUGCUUUUUUUGUGUUUUUCCCCUUCGCCAUCUAUUUAAAGGAGCGAACAGAGUAGCAAGGAGAACUUCUCUAAAUAUUGGAGCGUCGGAAGAAUGUGUGAAGAUAUUCUUCUGAGGAGGGGGGCGGAAUUCUGAGAACUGGACAUUACCUAGUACCCCAAAUGAACUAAACAGCGGCCUUUUCCUUAAGUAUACAGUGAGAGAGAAGGCAGGGUAAGCAGGUGCAGGUGAACCAAGAAUAUAUAUAUUUCCAGAAUAUAUUUGUUUUUUCUUCCAAAUAGAAGAUAAAUGUGUUAAGCUGGCACAGUAAUUCUGCUCAGACAUGAGCAGUGCCAGUAACUCACUGGCACGGGAAUUCUUGACGGAUGUCAACAGACUGUGCAAUGCAGUGGUCCAGAGGGCAGAGGCCAAGGAAGAUGAAGAGGAGGAAACUCACAUGGCAGCACUGGGACAAUAUUUGGUUCAAGGCCGUGGAUUUAUUUUGCUUACUACACUGAAUUCAACUAUUGAUCAGGAGCUGACAUGUCGGGAAGAACUUCUGACACUUCUCCUGUCACUUCUGCCAUUGGUGUGGAAAAUCCCUGUCCAAGAAGAAAAAGCAAUAGAUUUUAAUAUACCCUCUACAGUAGACAUAUGCCUGACCAAAGAGAAUAAUUCAAGUUCCGUGAAAUCUACUCAGGAAAAACUAGGCUUGGAUGGAAGCACUCGUUCAUCUCUUCAGGCUUCUGUAAAACUACAUCCUCGAUCUCGAAAAAGUGGACGUCUCCGCAAAACCACCCAUCGUUACUCCGUGCGAGAUGCGAGAAGAUCUCAGCUGUCCACUUCAGAUUCAGAAGGCAAUUCUGAUGACAAGACCACUGUCAUAACAAAACACAGACGCUCCCAGUUACUGCAGCCUUUUUUAACAUAUCCAGUUAGGGACAGCUACCUUGCAGGUAGAAGUGAUUGCCUGCCUGUGGAAGCAGUUCCAGGUCCUAAUCCUGACGCCUCUAAUCUAGAGAAUUCCAGCCAAAUUGCUCUAGCGCAUGAGCUAAACCCAGAGGUCUUGAAUGAGCCAGAUACAGGAAUUGCUAAGAAUGUGGAUAACUCUCCUUUUGACUUAUGCCAUGUUUUAUUGUCACUCCUAGAGAAGGUGUGCAAAUUUGAUAUUACUUUGAAUCACAGUUCCGCUCUUUCAGCUAGUGUGGUGCCCACAUUGACUGAGUUCUUAUCAGGAUUUGGAGACUGUUGCAGUGGAAGUAGUAGCACAGAAAAUGUAGUGUCUGCAGGGUGGACAGAAGAACCUGUGGCUCUAAUCCAAAGAAUGCUUUUUCGAACAGUGCUGCAUCUUAUGUCUUUAGAUAUUAGCAACACAGAAACGAUGCCUGACAAUUUACGGAGAAAUAUAACGGACUUACUUAAAGCAGCAUUAAAAAUCAGAACUUGCUUGGAAAAGCAACCUGAUCCUUUUGCUCCAGGAUACAAGAGAACACUACAGCAGCUGCCGGUUCAGGGUGACAUCUCAUUUUCUAGGUAUCAUCACAGAGCCUUGCUCCUACCUGAGGUUAUAGAAGGCAUCUUGCAGAUUUUGAUCUGCUGCCUACAAAGUGCAUCUUCAAAUCCAUUCUACUUUAGCCAAGCUAUAGAUCUGGUUCAUGAGUUCAUACAGCAUCAGGGAUUUAAGCUGUUUGAAGUAACUGUGCUUCAAAUGGAAUGGCUGUGUAUGAAGAGUGAGGCAGUAACUGGGAAAGCCUCAGAGCAUCUGAAGGGCCUAAUCAACAGCAUCAUGAAAAUAAUCAGCACUGUCAAGAAAGUGAAAUCGGAGCAGCUCCAUCAAUCAAUGUGUACAAGAAAGCGGCACAGACGAUGUGAGUACUCUCACUUCAUGCAUCACCACAGAGAUCUCUCUGGGCUCUCUGUAUCUGCUUUUAAAAACCAGGCUUCCAAAAGCCCCUUUGAAACCUCUGAUGGAGAAGUUCAUUAUCCUGACAGAUGCUGUUGCAUUGCUGUUUGUGCACACCAGUGUUUGCACUUGUUGCAACAAGUUUCUUUGAGCAGCACUUGUGUUCAACUUCUCUCGGGUGUACAUAAUGUAGGAAUAUGUUGUUGUAUGGAUCCAAAGUCUGUGAUCAUCCCAUUACUUCAUGCUUCCAAGUUACCAAUAUUAAAAAACUUUCAGCAGCACAUACUGAAUAUCCUUAACAAGUUUAUAUUGGAUCAGCUGGGUGGAGCAGAAGUUUCUCCAAAAAUUAUACAAGCAUCGUGCAAUAUAUGUACUGUUGACUGUGACCAACUAGCUCAGCUUGAAGAUGCCUUGCAGGGCAACUCUAGUGAUGCUGGUCUUGCAUCUAGUUCCUCUUGCAGAGUUCAAGGAAUUCUGCCUAGCAGUGGAUCUGAAGAUGUGUUGUUGAGAUGGGAUGCAUUGGAGGCUUAUCAGGACAUUGUUUUUGAAGAAGACAAACUACGGGGCAUGCAGAUUGCAAGCCAUAUUUGCCACUUAAUUCAAAAGGGAAAUGCAGUGGUCCAAUGGAAACUAUAUAACUGUAUUUAUAAUCCUGUGCUUCAGAGAGGGGUUGAACUAGCUUGCCAUGCUCAACAACUCGGACUAACGACAGCUGAUAAACAUGCAGUCAGCUACCAUAGCCAGUGUUUGCCUUCUGAAGUACUUCAGAUUUAUUUACAGACACUCCCUGUGUUGCUUAAAUCCAGGGUAAUUAGAGAACUGUUUCUGAGUUGUAAUGGAGUGAAUCAAAUGACCGAGUUAAAUUACUUAGACACUUUAAGAAGCCAUUCUUUGAAAGUGUUAGAGACUUUGAUAAUCUGCCUUGGUGAUCAGGAGAAAGACCAAACGAUGCCAGAACUGGAAGGCCUCAACAGCGAACAAAAAGAGUCUAUGUCUGACUUGCCUGCAUCUCUUUUUAGCCAGCAUGCUGUUUCAGAAGUUCCUCAAAGCCUGAGCAAGUUUUAUGCUGGCUUGAAAGAGGCUUACCCAAAAAAGAAAAAGUUUGUGAGCCAAGACAUUCACAUCAACACAAUAAACCUAUUCCUCUGUGUUGCUUUUUUAUGUGUAAGUAAAGAAGCAGAUGGUGAUCUGGAUUCAGCUAAUGACUCUGAAGAUACAUCAGGAUAUGAUAGUACAGCUAGUGAGCCGUUAGGCCACAAAUUACCGUAUCUGUCACUGGAAAGCCUUACUUUGCCCUCCCUGGAACAUAUUCACAGGGCUGCAGAUAUUUGGUCCAUGUGUCGUUGCAUCUAUUUGUAUAGUUCAGUUUUCCAGAGACAGUUUCAUAGACUUGGAGGCUUUGAAGCGUGCUAUAGGUUACUAAUCCUGAUAAUUCAGAAACUUGCAAAAAAUAAGGAAAAGGAGCAAGAAAAGAGGGAGAGAGGAUUGAAUGAAAGCAGCAGAAGUUCACAUGGGAGUCCUCGUGGUGAGCUCCUCAACAAGGAUGACUCUGUUCAGCUGGCUAAAAGCAGAGAGGUGACACAGUUGGAGCUUGAGAGUUCUGACAGUCUUGCUGGUGCAGAACAGCUGGUGCCUGAAUGUGUCUCCUGUCACAGCUCUUUGAGUGGGGAACACACGUCAGUUACUUCAGGUGCCAAUCUUGAGGGGAUAAAGACUUCCGGAAGAGAAGAGGCUGAGUGGGCACUUCAAGGUAUCAGACUUCUAGAAGCUCUGCUGACAAUCUGUCUGCACAGUGCGAGCACCAUGCAACAGAAGAUGGAAGGAGAGUUGUUUCACCAGAAUAAUUGUGUGGAUGAUAUCUUACUUCAAAUAAGAGAGCAGCUUGCUCAGUCAAAAGUGAUAGAAACUGACUUGGCAAAGCCUCUGUUUGAUUCACUACUUCGUGUUGCAUUGGGCAAUUUUUCUGCUGAUCUGGAUCAUUCUGAAGAAAAAGUUGAAAAGACCUAUUACACUGAAAAAGAGCCUGUGCCACAACCUGAAGAUAUUUCUGAAGAAACUGAAGAAUCACAGUGCUGUAGUUUUAAACUUUUUGCUGAAGAGGAAGGAUAUGAAGCAGAUAGUGAAAGUAACCCGGAUGAUAGUGAAACCAAGAAUGAUGGUAAAGGAGCAGACACAAAGGCAGAACCAGGAUGUACUGGUCCUCCAGGUUAUUCUAAUGACCUAGCUGGCAACAUCAAUCAAGGAGAAUUAAUAUAUCCUGAAAUCUGCAUGUUAGAAUUACACUUGCUCUCAGCUGGUAAUGCAAGUUUAGAUGUGCUUGCUCAUGUAUUCCGAAGCUGCCUGAAAAUCAUCAGCCAGAAGGAGAGAAAUGCCACUGUACUUAUAGAACAGGGAGCUGUUAAACAUCUUUUGGGCGGAUUUAUGAACAUAUUGACACAAGUGGAGUCUAGUUUUCAUGCAUGUCAGAUGGUGCUGGUAGACCUGUUAGUUUCCUUGAUGAGUUCACAGACAUGUUCAGAAGAGCUAACGCUUCUUCUGAGGAUAUUUUUGGAGAAGACACCUUGUACGGAGAUACUGCUCAAGGGUGUAUUGAAGAUAAUAGAAAAUAGCACUUAUAUGAACCCGUUACAGUACCUUGCCUUCCCUUUGCUCCACGGCACAAAUCUGAGUGGUAGUUCUUCACAAAAAUCUGGUAGCACUUCCAAUAGCAAAACUGCUGGACUUUCAAAAAGAGCGAGAUUUUCACAGAGUAAGAAAGAGGCAGAUGGUGAAAAUUUGAGUCACCAGCUGCUUUCUUCUUGGCAUGUAGCCCCGGUUCACUUGCCUUUAGUUGGACAAAACUGUUGGCCACACAUGUCUGAAGGCUUCAGUGUCUCACUGUGGUUUCAUCUGGAGUAUGCUCACGAAACAGAAAAUUCAACAGAAAAGGGGAAAAAAAUCAAGAGAAGCAACAGACUGGUAGCUGUAAGAGAGAGCAGUUUUGACAGCACAGAAGAAACAAAGUCUUUAGGAAUGGAAUACCUGAGCCUGGGAGAUAAACUUGUUGAAGAUGGCUGUAUUCAUAUAAUUUCACUGGGUUCCAAAGCACUGAUGAUACAAGUCUGGGCAGACUUGAACACUGGAGCAUUCAUAUUUCGUAUGUGCAUGGAUCCAAAUGAUGAGAUGAAAGCUGGUCUGCUGGCACAGGCUGAAUCUCCAGAGAAUGUUUUCCUUGUGGGCAGGUGGCAGCAUUUGGCACUAACAUACCUGCAGCAGCCAGAAGGCAAGAAAAAUAUCCAUGGAAAGCUGUUGCUGUGGGUUUCUGGUCAGAGGAAAUGUGAGAUUAAUUUAGAUUACUCACUGCCAAGGAAGUCAAGCUUAUCAUCUGACAGUAAUAAAACAUUUUGUAUGAUUGGGCAUUGUAUAUCAUCUCAAGAAGAAUUACUUCGAUUGUCGGGUAGAUGGAAUCUUGGAAAUCUUCUUCUAUUUAAUGGUGCAAAGAUUGGACCAGAGGAAGCAUUUUACUUAUACACAUGUGGGCCAGACUUCACAUCUGUAAUGCCUUGCAAAUAUGGCAAAACACUGACUGAUUUCUCUAAGUAUAUAAGUAAAGAGAUUCUACAAUGUGAACAAAUCAAGGAGCUCCUCAUGGCAAAAAAGGAAGUGGAUGUUGGGCCUUUAAUUGAGAGUCUUGCUGUUGUGUAUACCACAUCCUGUCCUGGUCAGUACACCAUAUAUGAACCUGUUAUUAGACUGAAAGGUCAAGGGAAAACUGUACCUUCCCAGAGACCUUUCAGUUCAAAAGAAGUUCAGAGCAAUGUACUGGACUCUCAUCACCUGAAAACGCUUCAGCCUGUGGAAUAUAAAACUCUUCAGGGUAUACUACAUGAAAUUGGAGGAACUGGUGCAUUUGUUUUCCUCUUUGCUAGGGUUGUAGAGAUUAACAGCUGUGAAGACACUCAAGCUUUGGCACUACAACUUAUACUGUCCUUAACAAAAUACAAUCAACAGAGAAUACAGGAGAUGGACAACUGUAAUGGUUAUUCUAUGAUUCAUCGAGUGUUGAUCAAACCAAAAUGCAUUGUUGGAUUUUGCAUGCUGAAGACUCUUCUUGAAGGAUGCUGCAGUGAUGAGAUUCUCUACAUAAAUGAAAAUGGGCAGUUCAUGCUUAACACAGAUUCUAAUGCAGUUAUCCAAGAUGUUCAAUUGUUAGAAAAGCUGCUGCUCGACUGGAAGAUCUGGUCUAAAGCAAAGCAAGGUGUUUGGGAAACUCUGUUAGCAGCUCUUGAAAUCCUUAUCAGAGCGAACCAUCACCAGCAGAUGUUUAACAUUAAACAGCUGUUGAAAGCUCAAGUGGUGCAUCACUUCCUGUUAACUUGUCAGGUUCUGCAGGAGCACAAAGAAGGGCACCUUGCAUCGCUGCCCCGGGAAGUUUGUAGGUCAUUUGUGAAAAUAAUUGAAGAAGUACUUGGAUCUCCCCCAGACCUGGAAUUGCUGAAAGUGGUCUUCAAUUUCCUCUUAGCAGUUCACCCUCCCACUAAUACAUAUGUUUGUCACAAUCCUACCAACUUCUACUUUUCCCUGCACAUAGAUGGCAAAAUUUUUCAGGAGAAAGUUGAAUCCCUUGUGUACCUGAGAAAUUCCAGCAGUGGUACGAAAUCAGUAGAGAGUUCUGCAUUUGUGAUUACAACUCCAACUGGAUUUACAGCCUCACCACUGGAAGGGAAUGCUUCCAAGGCUAGUGUACAGCAGAAGAUAAGCUCUCAGGCACCUAAAAGGCUUUGCAAAAGCUUACCAGCAUCUCCCACUUCCUCACCUCAAGUUCAGCAAAAAAGACUAACUGAAAGAAUGGGAAGGAGCAUUGAUGACCUGCAGAUAAUUGGCAAGCAUGACUACAUUGAUCUCCAGGAUAAAAUUGGUUUUGUUGGAAGUUCUGAAACCAUAAGGAGAGUACAAGAAGAACUCUUUCUUAGCAGUUGUGAGUCUGCAAAAACAGUUUGUGACUCAGAGCUAGCAUCUGCUGAAGCAUUUGAAGAUAUUGUAAAAGAAGAGUUAUCUGAAAAUACAUUUGAGAGUAAAGAAGUAGAUGCAGACCUAAAAUGUCUUGACAGUGGUGGAGCUGCAGCUGAGCCAUCAUUACAUCGACCGGACAAUCUGAAAGGCCUGCCUUCAUUUCAGAAGAGUCAGACUAAUUUUGCAGGGUUGGGCUUAGCAUUUUCUGUUCAUGGAGGAUCAUCAGCUAUUGCUCGCUGGCCAAGCUUUGCAGACAAGAAUGUAGUUCCUGAAGACUGGGAGAGUCUUGCUUUUUCUUCAGCUAAUAAGGAUACCCCAAAACCAUCUGAAAGCCCUGAUGAUAGAUGUACAGAAGACUAUCUUGUGCUUAUCUGUUGUGGAUUAUAUGACCUCUUGCGUGGAGUUCUCCUAAUUCUACCAGAUGUCAUGCUAGAAGAUGUGAUGGACAAACUUAUACAGCCUGAUUAUCUUAUAGUACUUGUGAACCACCCAUCUCCUCUCAUACAGCAAGGCGUCAUUAAAUUGUUGGAUGCAUAUUUCAACAGAGCAAGGAGGGAGCAGAAGGAGAAAUUCUUAAAGAAUCGUGGCUUCUCCUUGCUAGCCAACCAGCUGUACCUCCACCAGGGCACUCAGGAAGUUGUAGAGUGCUUUUUGGAAAUGCUCUUUGGCCGCUCUGUUAGCUUGGAUGAAGAAUUUGAUCUGGAAGAUGUCAAGAAUGUUGGACUCUUUCAAAAAUGGUGUGUCAUUCCUGUUCUGGGUCUUAUAGAGAACUCUUUGUAUGAUAAUGUUCUGCUGCAUAACUGCUUCUGUCUCCUGCUGCAAAUCAUAAGUUCCUGCUCAAAAGUUGCAGACCUGCUGCUUGAUAAUGGUUUGCUCUACGUGUUGUGUAAUACACUGGCUACUCUCAAUGGACUGGAAGCAAACUUUGUUUGCAGCAUUCCCUUGACUGACUACAAGUUACUUGCAUGCGAUAUCCAGCAGCUGCUGGCAGCAGUUGCCAUUCAUGCCUGCAGCUCCUCGGGUUCUCAAUAUUUUCGUGUUAUUGAAGACCUCAUUGUGCUGCUGGGUCAUCUUCAAAAUAGUAAAAAUGCAAGGAUGCAAAAUAUGGCAGUUGUUCUGCAGCUGAGAGUUCUUCAAGCAGCUAUUGAAUUGAUAAAAACCACAGCAAACCAAGAUGCUCAGGAGCAGGCUGGUUCAGCCCCACUGCCAUCGGCACCGCAUCGCGCAAUGUUUCAAAAGCGUAAAGGCAUUGCUGGCUCCAGAAAGUUUUCACUUGCUCAGUCUGAUGCUCUGCUGAUGAAAAUGCGUUCACUAGCAAGUGAGGAAUUCAACAUGAUGAUGCAGCGGAGAAUGAGCCAAGAAAAUCCUAUCCAAGCCACCGAGACCGAAUUUGUGCAAAGGUUACAGCGGCUGACUGUUCUAGCUGUUAACAGGCUCAUUUAUUUAGCAUCUACUGAAGAGUGCCUUGAUGUACUCGGUAUAACAGAAGCCACAAGUCAAAGCAGACUUUCAGCAUCCCAGCUGGAAGUUCCUGAAGAGGAAAGCCAGCAAGAACUGCCUAACAGAACAAAUCCUUUUCUUAAAGAAAUGUUCAAAAUGUUGGUGGAAGGAGUCAAAGUAUCCAUUGGCACCAGCAGAAUGAACACACCAAAGCAGCAGUGGAAGAGAAUCCUCUUGUCAUGUAAGGACACAUUCCGUACACAACUUGGGAGGCUUCUUGUGCACAUCUUGUCUCCAUCAAGGCCGCUGCAAGAGAGAAAACAGGUUUUGGAGAUGGUACAUGAAAUAAACCAUCAAGAGAUUAUACGUGACUGUCUUAUCCCAACUUUGCAACAUGGACCUAAAUUAGUGCUCUAUUUAUAUGAGUUAAUGCACAGUCACAGUGAUGAAAUGACUAAAGAAGAACAAAGAGCAGCAGGAGACUUUGUGAAUACACUAAAAUGUUGUGGCUAUAAAUGUAUUCCCCUGAGCCCACGACCAAAACCAGAUCUAAUAAAAGCUUUGAAAGAGGAUCAGAAGAAAUAUGAGGUGGAAGAAGGUGUAAACAAAGCUGCCUGGGAGAAGACAAUGGCUAAUAAUCGACAAAAUCUCUUUCAGCGUCUGGAUACAAAAUCUAAAGACAUUUCUAAAAUAGCUGGAGACAUCACACAAGCUGUGUCUCUGUCACAAGGAAUGGAAAGGAAGAAAGUAAUCCAGCACAUCAGGGGGAUGUAUAAGGCAGAGCUAAGUGCCAGCAGACAUUGGCAGGAACUUGUUCAGCAGCUUACUCAUGAUCGAGCACUCUGGUAUGACCCAGUCUAUUACCCAGCUUCUUGGCAACUGGAUCCAACAGAGGGCCCUAACAGAGAGAGGCGCCGCCUGCAGAGGUGCUACCUAACUAUUCCAAAUAAGUACCUUCUCCCAGACAGGCAGAAACAGGAAGGUGUGAUAAAGACUCCAUUAUCUUAUCUAUUUGAAGACAAAACACAUUCUUCUCACUCUUCUACUGUAAAGGACAAAGCUGCAAGUGAACAUAUAAGAGUUAAUCGAAGAUGUGUAAGUGUAGCACCUUCUAGAGAGACUGCUGGUGAACUUUUGCUAGGAAAAUGUGGCAUGUAUUUUGUUGAAGACAAUGCUUCAGACACAAUUGAAAAUUCUAGUUUUCAUGGGGAAACUGAACCAGCAUCGUUUUCUUGGACCUAUGAGGAAAUUAAGGAAGUUCAUAAGCGCUGGUGGCAGUUAAGAGACAAUGCUGUGGAAAUAUUUCUAACGAAUGGCAGAACUUUACUCUUGGCUUUUGAUAAUACAAAGGUCCGUGAUGAUGUGUACCACAACAUCUUAACUAACAAUUUACCUAACCUUUUGGAAUAUGGAAACAUGACUGCUUUGACCCACCUCUGGUGCACAGGACAGAUUACUAACUUUGAAUAUCUGACUCAUUUAAACAAACAUGCCGGCCGUUCCUUCAAUGAUCUCAUGCAAUAUCCAGUAUUUCCUUUUAUACUUUCUGACUACACUAGUGAAACGCUGGACCUAAAUGAUCCAUCAGUAUAUAGAAAUCUGGUCAAACCAAUAGCUGUGCAGUCUAAAGAAAAAGAAGAUCGUUAUGUGGACACUUACAAGUAUUUGGAAGAAGAAUACCGUAAAGGAGCACGAGAGGAUGAUCCAAUGCCCCCUGUACAACCAUAUCACUAUGGAUCUCAUUAUUCCAACAGCGGAACUGUGCUUCAUUUCCUAGUUAGGCUACCACCUUUUACUAAAAUGUUUUUAGCCUAUCAAGAUCAAAGUUUUGACAUCCCAGACAGAACUUUCCACUCUACCAAUACAACCUGGCGACUGUCUUCGUAUGAAUCAAUGACUGAUGUAAAGGAGCUUAUCCCAGAAUUUUUCUACCUUCCCGACUUUCUAGUUAACAGAGAAGGUUUUGAUUUUGGAGUACGUCAAAAUGGUGACAGAGUUAACCAUGUCAAUCUUCCACCCUGGGCUCGUAACGAUCCUCGUCUGUUCAUCUUGAUUCAUCGUCAGGCUUUGGAGUCUGACCAUGUUUCCCAGACAAUCUGUCACUGGAUUGAUUUGGUGUUUGGUUAUAAACAAAAAGGCAAGGCCUCUGUUCAGGCUAUUAAUGUCUUUCAUCCUGCAACCUAUUUUGGAAUGGAUGUUUCUGCUGUUGAGGAUCCUGUUCAGAGAAGAGCCCUUGAAACAAUGAUAAAAACAUACGGGCAAACACCUCGGCAGCUGUUCCAUGCAGCACACGUUAGCAGACCUGGAUCCAGGCUUGUCAUGGAAGGAGAACUUCCUGCUGCCAUGGGAUUACUUGUGCAGUUUGCUUUCAGAGAAACCAGAGAACACACUAAAGAAAUAAUAUAUCCAAGUCCGUUACCAUGGAUCAAAGGCUUGAAGUGGGGGGAAUACGUUGGUUCCCCAAGUGCUCCAGAUCCUGUUGUCUGCUUUAGCCAACCACAUGGAGAAAGGUUUGGCUCUCUCCAGGCUUUGCCAACUAAAGCUAUCUGCGGUUUGUCCCGCAAGUUUUGCCUUUUGAUGAUAUAUAGCAAGGAGCAAGGUGUGAGAAGCAUGCACAGUACUGAUAUUCAGUGGUCAGCUAUCCUGAGCUGGGGAUAUGCAGAUAACAUUUUACGACUGAAAAGCAAGCAAAGUGAGCCUCCAGUAAAUUUUAUACAGAGCUCACAGUUCCAUCAGGUAACAAGUUGUGCUUGGGUGCCAGACAGCUGUCAGCUGUUCACAGGUAGUAAAUGUGGUGUCAUCACAGCAUAUAUGAACAGAUUCACUAGCAAUACGCCUUCAGAGAUAGAAAUGGAGUCACAAGUCCAUCUGUAUGGUCACACAGCGGAAAUAACAAGCUUGUUUGUGUGCAAACCAUACAGUAUAAUGAUAAGUGUCAGCAAAGAUGGAACCUGCAUCAUAUGGGAUUUGAACAGGCUAUGCUAUGUCCAGAGUCUGGCUGGACACAAGAGUCCUGUGACUGCAGUUUCAGCUAGUGAAACAACUGGUGAUAUUGCAACAGUUUGUGAUUCAGUUGGAGGGGGUAGCGAUUUAAGACUUUGGACAGUUAACGGUGAUCUCGUGGGACAUGUGCACUGCAGGGAAAGUAUUUGUUCUGUUGCCUUCUCUAACCAGCCUGAAGGAGUGUCUGUCAAUGUGAUUGCAGGGGGGCUGGAAAAUGGAGUUGUACGACUGUGGAGUACAUGGGACUUGAAGCCAGUACGAGAAAUAACAUUUUCCAAGUCAGCCAAACCUAUUGUAAGCCUUACAUUUUCCUGUGAUGGUCAUCACUUGUUCACAGCUAAUAGUGAUGGAAAUGUUAUAGCUUGGUGUCGCAAGGACCAGCAGCGCUUGAAGUUACCCAUGUUCUACUCAUUCCUUAGCAGCUAUGCAGCUGGGUGAUGACUAUUUUUGCUGCUAACUCAUGUCUCUGAUGCACUUUAAAUCCAAAAUAGAUUAUAGAAUCUCUUAAACUGGAUUUUGAAGUAGUUUGAAUAUCUCUAGAAUGACUGAAUUUUAUUUUAUUUUUUUUCCUUAAAGAGCAGUCUAAGGUGGUUGUAAAAUUGCAUAUGUGCAUGCACAAACCUGAAGCAUAUCCAGGUCACCAGGAAGCUCUGGUCAUAUACUCCAAUACCAGCAAAGUGACUCAUAAACACUCUAACAUACAAGUCAAAAUGCUGCAAUAGAAAAACAUAAUAGUGUUGGGGUUUUUUUUAAAUCACUUAUUGGACAGAAGUAUUUAAAAAAUUGAUAAUGCUUAUUCUCCCUCUUAUGUUGUAAAAUAUUGACAGCAUAAAGUUUUGUAAAUAUCUAUUAAAAUGUCAGCAUAUGUAUAUCUGAUUAGUUGAGUGUGGUAUAGUUAGCUCUGGGAUAAGCAACCCAAAACCUAAAAAUCCGAGACCACUUAAAAUUGCUUUUUUUGAGAAGCAAAGAACUUAGUAGGUGCUUUUUGCACCACCCUACGGUAUUGUAAUGCUAAAAACUUAAUUUCUUUUAUCUUUAUAUUUGUAAUUUUUGGCAUCUUCUCUGUUAAUAUAAUAGUCUUUACAACAGGCAAAAAUAAAAUUUGUCUUAGUGAUGGGUAGAGACCUCAUGGCAUCAUGAAGCAAUAGUCAGAACAUGUUUUGAUUUUAUUUUUUAAUGUAGUGCUAACUCCUUAACUUUGCAACACCUAGCUAUUGCAAUUCUGUGGCAGAAUUUAUUAUAUACAUACACACAGCUUAUCUUCCAGAGCUCUAAAAUAAGGUGUUAAAGAAGGCACAGAUGUGCUCCUGUUCUAGUGUCAUUGAAGUUCAAUACACUGUAAAAUGUUUGAAUCUAACUGCUUGAAUAAUCAAUGUUCAUAGGCAUCAGAUGAUUUGGAAGAGUUUAUACAGAUACACUGUGCAAAUGUUAUUAAUUCCUAGGUGCUAUUUUUUGAGGGGGAAAAAAUAAGCCUCCAUUGUAAAAGGCUUAACGAAUUUGAAUUCUUAGGCCAGAUCAAAAAUAAACAUUUCAGUUGAUGGAUUUAAAGACCUUUAAACCUGACACCGUGAAUGAGUGCCUACUAGUCAUGCAAAUGGUAAAGCAAGAAUGCUACACAAAUCUGAUGUAGUUACAUUUUUCUUUUAAAUUGCUUUGCUUUUUCAUCGUUGACAUGUUCCACUAUUGCCAUACAGAUGAACUGCUACAUCUUCUCAUGUGUAAGGUUCAUCUGCCUUCAAAACACUGUAUAUGAAAUUGUCAAUUUGUGAUGAUGACAUACACACAAGAAAUCUUUAUACUUCCUUUGAAAAUUCCAGUCUUCAGAAAUUCUUGCAACUUCCUGGUUGAAGAACUUUUAAAACUGGAAAAACUUAAAUGUUCUCAUAGUCCAUGACACAAAGGCUGAUCUUUGGUUCAAUUACGCAAGUGGCUACAUACUGUAUUAAUUGAAUUUUAAACUGCAGAUUUUGUAGCAGCAUUGUAUGGGAUGGCUUUAGUCAUAUUUUUCACUGUCUAAAUAUUAUUGUAAGGUCCAAAUGCAGACUGAAAAGCUUCCUGGCUCAUGUUGAAGUGAUGUGCUUUAUUUAAGAGAAAAAAUACAAAUAUUGUGGUUUUGGGGUCCUUUUGUGCUCCCUGGUUCGGGGUGUUGCUCACAAAGGCUUAUUUUUUUAUAAAGUAGAAUUCCACUUGUUACAAAUCAAUAUGCAAAAUUGCUGGCCUUGUAAAGAGUGCAAUAUUAUAUAUUUUUAUGUAAAAGUAAAAAUGAUUUUUUGAAGCAAGGAAUAUUUAUUCAGCUUAACAUUCUGGAACUAUUAAAAUAACACUGCAAUAGUAUCUGUGCAUGAUGUACUGAAAUUUCCUGUAAAUGUCACAUUCCAUGCUGUCUUUGUAUAUACACUGUCACAUUGUUGGGUAAUAAACAGAUCUUUGUACCAAA